UUUACAUAUUUGGAAUAUUUCUAAUUUUAUAAGUGAUCCUAUUAAUCUAAACAAUAAUGAGCAACGGCGGCAGUGCUGGGGGACUGGGCGGCACCCGUCCUCCACCACGCAUCGAUGGCAUGGUGUCACUGAAGGUCGACAAUCUCACAUAUCGCACGACUCCAGAGGACUUGCGUCGCGUCUUUGAGCGUUGCGGAGAAGUCGGUGAUAUUUACAUACCGCGCGACCGCUACACACGUGAGAGCCGAGGCUUUGCUUUCGUGCGGUUCUAUGACAAACGUGAUGCUGAGGACGCACUGGAGGCAAUGGAUGGUCGCAUGUUAGAUGGCAGGGAGCUCCGUGUCCAGAUGGCUCGUUAUGGCCGUCCCUCGUCGCCCACUCGUAGCAACGGUCGUCGUGGCGGAGGGUCUGGUGGUGGUGGCGGAGGAGGUGGUGCUGGCGGUGGUGGUGGAGGCGGUCGUCGUCGCUCGCGUUCCCGUUCACCUAUGCGCCGCCGUUCGCGUAGUCCACGUCGUCGCUCUUACUCGCCGCGGUCGCGCUCUCAGUCGGCGGCCAGCCAUUCGCCGGAGCGUCGCACCAAGUUCUCGCGCAGUCCAGUGCGCGGCGAAAGUCGUAAUGGGAUCGGAGCAUCCGCCUUAGCUGUUGGAGCCUCCAGAAGUCGUAGUCGCUCUUAAUUAUCCACGUUCCAAUUGGUGCGAGUUUUUUACUCGCUCACAAGACAGAGAUCCCGAUCAUGGAUCUUGCUCCACAUCCUGUCAUGCUGUACCAGAACAGCAGGUAUACAAACAAAAAAUUGAACAGUCUUACACAUUACACAACUAUUUAUAGAAAACGUAUUUUAAGUUUUGGCAAGGAAAACAAUUAGAGAACACGCACUAUAAUGUUCAGGAUGAGAUCCCCACCUCACCAGGUGGGCUCCCGAUACGUUUGUUCUUAAUGCGCCCAUCCCAUACCGCAAGAGAGGUGUUCUAGGGAUUUUGAUAUACUUGGUAGCAUUUAGUUAUUUUUGGCAAUUGGCCAAUUGUGUAGUGCUUCAUUAACAAGACAAAAUAAAACUCAAAAUAACUCGGCUACGAAA